AAUAAUAAAUAAGAUCCGGUUGCACGAACAGGAAGCAAGGAGAGUCUCAUGGCGCCCGACUAGAAUGAAGCAACAAUUAUCGGUUACUAAUCUCUGUUCUAUUUAGCGCAUCUACACUCUAGGACACCUUUCUACUCGAAAAUACACGUCAUGGAUUCAGAGGAAAAUGAGGUGGAAAGCAGCAGUGAUGCAGGUCCCUCAGGGAUGGAGGAACCAUCUGAAAGCGGCAUGGGUAUGGAGUCAUCAGAGGCCAUGUCUGCAGACAGCACUGAUACUGCUGCCUCUCAUGCACAGGCCCCAGAGUCUGACUGCCAUGUGGGACAGAGUUCAGAGGGACUUGUGGUGUUCAUCCCAGAAACCAGCUCCAGUACAGAUGUCAGAGUUUCAUCAGUCCACCUCCCAGACUCCUCCUCAGUGGCCCAGUCCACCAGUGUGUCCAGCGUCUCCACAGUGACUCAGUCAGUGCUGGUGUCUGAGUCAGCCCAAGUGCGGGUCCACUCCAGCGCAGCAUCUGAAAGAGCCAUGAUGGUUUCUGACUCAACUGCUUCAACCUCGUCAGACCUUGGGUCUGCCAUUGACAAGAUCAUAGAGUCCACCAUUGGCCCUGACAUUAUGAAUGGUUGCAUAGCUGUGACUAGUGCAGAAGAUGGAGGGGCAGAAACAACCCAGUAUGUUAUAUUACAAGGACCAGAUGACGCCAUAGAAGCUCUUGCAGAAGGCCCCACGUCCACCUGUCUGGACCAGGGAGACCUGCAGGGAAACCUUGAUCCCGACCAGCCCGACGAUCGGCCUGGUCACUCAGGUUACCCAGAGGACAGCAGCAGUCAGCCUGACCAGCCCCAGCACUCCCACCCUUCCCAGUAUAUGGACUGCAGUGCAGAUGGUCCAGACCAAACAGGGGAAUCUUCAUCUUCUUAUGUGGAAUGUUCAGGUGAAGAACCCGAUCAGACACGCUCCCAGUCAGGUUUUCCUGACUACAGCGGGCAUAAUAGUGACCAGGACCUGCCUGGAUACGUGGAAUGCAGUGGGGCUGAUUCAAACCCUCGCAGCCGAGGUCACUAUGUGGUGGAGUGCAGUGCUGGUUACCUGGAGUGUGCGGUGGACGAUGAAGAGCAACCGCAUCAUUCCCGCAGUUACAUUGACAGUAGCGCAGACCACCGGACCCAGACAAGUCGGCAGUAUGGGGCCGAGUAUGGGGGGCAGUGUGUUGCAGCUGCAGACUCUGAGCAACCAGGUUGUUCUCAGUAUCAAGUGAGGGACGAUGAUGAAGAUGACGAGCGGAACCAGGAUCCAGACCAGCCGCAGCACUCUCAACAGCAGCCCCAGCACUCCUGUUACAUGGAAAGCAGCAAUGGCCCUGAGGCCUCUCUCUAUGCCGAUGACAGCUCCUCAUCAGACCACCCUCUGGCAGACACAGCAGGUUUAGAUGGGCUUCCUGAGGCAUUGGAGUGCAGCGAGAGCCAGUCUGGGCCGUACAUCAGCAGCAGUGGGACAUACACCUCCAAUCCAGAGCCUGAGCUGGCCCAACAGUGCUCAACCAGCCAGGAGGAGCCCCAGGGCUCCCAGGGGCCUCAGGAUGAACCUGAGCUGGUCAGGGAGAUAGAGACAUCAACAGUGGCAGAAGGCUCCGGACACAGACCACCAAACCUGGCGGAGUUGGAGGAGAUGAUGGAAGUAGUGAUUGUUCAGCAGUUCAAGUGUAAGAUGUGUCCAUACAAGAGUGUCUCCAAAGACACACUCAUUAACCACAUGAGAGACAAACACUUCAAACCUGCAGGGGACAUGUCAAAGAAGCGUAAACGUGGACGGCCUCCUAAAAGUGAGACGUUUGCCCGUCGUCAGGCAGAGAGGGUGAAGGCAAAGGCUGCUCAGCUCCAACAAGCAGAAGAGGAGGAGGAUGAUAUUGUUGAUGCUGGUGCUAUUGAUGAUGCUGAAGAGGAUAGUGACUACAACCCUGCAGAUGAGGACCUCAAAAGAAGACCACCUGCCAUUAUAAAGAAGCGCACUCCUCCUAUCUCUUCCUCCUUUCAAGGGCGUCCUCGACGCAAGGUUGGUCGUCCAAGAAAGUACAGCCUUGUAGAAGAAGGCUACAACAGCAAAGAAGCAGAGAGUAUUGCUAAGAAGCCCAGGGUUAGCGCAGAUGCUAGUGCACCUGAAGAGGCCAGCUCUUCUGGGCUAAACAACGUUCCUGCUUUGGUGACUGAUGGAGACACAGCUGAGGCAGCAAUAAGCCAAUCAGACUCUGAGAACAAAGACCCUUCAUCCAACACACAGCCAGAGGAGUUCUUCCAGAAGAAACGCGGACGACCCUCCAAACGUUUUCUUCGGAAAAAGUAUAGAAAGUAUAUUAAUCGAAAUCGGUACUAUAAAUCCCUCAAACCGCUCCUGAGACCUCACAACUGCUGGAUCUGUGGCUCACGCUUUCUCACUCAAGAAGAUUUGCGCUUCCAUGUGGACUCCCAUGAAGGCAACGACCCAGAGCUCUUCAAGUGCCUCCAGUGCAACUACCGCUGUAAGCGCUGGUCUUCACUUAAGGAACACAUGUUCAAUCACGAGGGCACCAAGCCGUUCAAGUGUGAGAAGUGUGAUUACACAAGUGUCUACAAGAAAGAUGUCAUUCGCCACUCAGCAGUCCACAACAAAGAGAAAAGAAGAAAAACGGAGUUGGUACCAAAGGUGUCAGAGUUCCUCUGCCCUGUGUGUCACAGGGUUUACCCCAUGCAAAAGCGAUUGACUCAGCACAUGAAGACCCACAGCUCAGAGAAGCCACACAUGUGUGAUAAGUGUGGAAAAUCCUUCAAGAAACGGUACACAUUCAAAAUGCACCUACUGACCCAUAUCCAGAGUCUUGGAGACAGCAAGUUCAAGUGUGAAUUCUGCGAUUACACUUGUGACAACAAAAAGCUGCUGCUCAACCAUCAGUUGUCCCACACCAACGACCGGCCCUUCAAGUGUGACUACUGUAAAUACUCUACUUUUAAGGAGGAGUUUCUGGUCUCCCAUCUGGCCAUUAAACACACAGGGGAGAAGCCUUUCUCCUGUGAAAUGUGUCAUUUCACAACCAAGCACAGAAAGAACUUGCGCCUACAUGUGCAGUGUCGCCACCCUGAAACGUUUGACGAGUGGUCUGUGGCUCACCCUGAGGAGCCUGUCAGGAAGCGACGCAGACCCUUCUUCACCCUGCAGCAGAUAGAGGAGCUCAAACAACAACAACAUGACAACACACAGGAUUUGCAGAACACUGUUGUUGCAGUGGAUUCUGCAACACUACAAGCCAUGCAGAGAAUAGAAAAUGCCUCUGUGUCCCAGGACGCAUUGGGAAACACCACCAUCAUCUAUGAACAAGUUGAAUCCAGUGAUCAAUCCGCCCAGAAUGCCCUUGACCUGCUGCUGAAUAUGAGCAAUGCCCGGGAAUUGGUUGGAAACGCCUUACAGGUGGCGGUGCUGUCAGAAGGCAACACUUUGGAAAAGGGCGCAUGGAGUACGGUGACCACAGCACCAUGCCAGGCACAAAAGGUUGUGACCUUCCAUGUGUCUGAGAACGGUGAGACGGUGCUACAAGAGGCCUUCGAGGCAGCAACUUCUGAAACGGGAGAGCUCACCCAGAUCGCCAUAGAAGCCUACGAGGGCGGGGGGGAAUUCAGUGUGGUUGAACAGGCGGCUGAAGAGAUCCACAGCCCUGGAUACAGUAACGAUGAGAGCAGUCCUUCUCAGGCUGUAGAAGUCUCCGGGUCAGAGAUCCUGAAAAGUGACAAGUACUACCUUACUUCAGCACUGGCGGAUGGUGUUCUGCAACAGGUUGAGCUGAGCAGCGAAGCUCCAGGCUCUCCCUCUGCUGCGAGCUCUCCCGGUGGUCUGAGCACUAAGAGGUUUUCCUGCCGAAUAUGCAUGGAGUCUUUUCAUGGACGCUCUGACAUGGAGAACCACAAGAGGGCGCACCUGGACCCCAACACCUUUAAGUGUCCUGAUUGUGAUUUCACAUCCACCUCCUGGCUCGAGGUCAAGACUCACAUGGAGCAGCAUUCCUACCUACGCCCUCACAAGUGUCCAAACUGUAGCUUUGCCUCCAAGAACAAAAAAGACCUGCGCCGACAUAUGAUGACACACACCAAUGAGAAACCGUUCUCUUGCAAACUUUGUGGGCAAAGGUUUAACCGUAAUGGCCAUCUGAAGUUUCAUAUGGAGCGUCUCCACAAUCAGGAUCAACCCACUCGCAAGAGCCGUAACGCCACAUCUCAGCAAACCAUCAUAGUGAACAGUGAUGAGGAGGCCCUGGCCACACUACAGUCCCUGCAGGCGCAUCAGACAGCGAUCACUCCAGAGCGGUUGCAGGCCCUAGGACAGGAGCACAUCAUUGUAGCUCAAGAACAGGCUCUAUCAGACCAGGAGGAAGGCACAUACAUCCAGCAAAUAACCACCAUAGAUGGACAGACAGUUCAGCACCUGAUGACAGGAGAGAACCAGGUGACUGAGGUUCAGUAUAUCAUCUCGCAGGAUGGAGUGCAGCACUUGAUCCCUCAGGAGUAUGUAGUAGUAGCUGAUGGCAACCACAUACAGAUGUCAGAUGGACAGAUCAUCCAGUAUGAGCAUGACGGGACCUUUCUGCAGGAGCAACAGAUUGCUGUAGGUCAUGACGGUCAGAUUCAGUAUCUACCUGUGAGCUCAGAGCAGCAGAUAGUGAAUCCUGAAGAUCUGGAGGCCGCUGCCCACUCUGCUGUCACAGCUGUAGCUGACGCAGCCAUGGCGCAGACCCAGACAGUCUACACUGAAGCUACACCUGAACAGCUGGAGCAGCUGCAGCAGCAAGGCAUCCACUACGAUGUCAUUACCUUCACAGAUGAAUAGACAGGUUUUUAAACUGGAUGCACCCCACCACAAACCACUAUGAGCCGACAAGUACAGUGACCUCAACUUAUUUAUGCAUUCAGCUGGCUGUGAACUAAAAUAUUAUCUCCUCCACGCUAUCAUCUACUCGGGGGCAGUUGCACUGUUUAAUAGGAUCAACAACUCUUUGUAAAUUCAAAAUAUUGCACCCAUUGCUUCUAACUUAAUCAUAGGGGCUGUGCAUUUAAUCUAGCAAGGUCGAUCUGUUCUGUAAUUGUAAAAAUUGAUUGUGUUUACUGCCUCAACUUCUUCCAAUUUACAAGGUUAUUAAAGACUAGUAAAUGGCUUAUCAUGUUUUAGAAAAUAUACAGAACAUCCAAAUAAACAUUUUAGUUUUUUUGAAUGGAGUGAAAUGAAAAGGGGAGUGUUUAUUUUUGAUCUGUAAUAAUAAUGUUAAUUGUUAGAGUGCCACAGUAUUGUGUUUACUUAAUAUUAAUAUGUAUAUACCUUUUGCAUUUGUCUUAUGUUCCCUGAUGGAGGAUACAUCUUGAUUUGGUGAAUAUGAAGUGUUUAAUAAGCUGAAAGCUGACACCAAAUAAAUCACUUUGUGUGUACUCUGUAA